CGUCAGUGCAAGCCAAAGGCACUUUAAUGUGUUUUGUGUUCAGGUAUUUCCUUGACGCUCUGUUCCAAACUUCUUUCUUGAGCUAUGGCACGAUAGAAAGUUUUCCAGCAAUGUUUUGGGAAUAUUUCGACGCGGCUCGACGACUCGGAAAUUCAGCGGGGUCUGCGAGCGAGUGAGAGACAUGGACAACUCUGUCACCCUGUGGCAGUUCCUUCUCCAGCUCCUAUUGGAUCCCAGUAAUGAGCAGCUGAUCUGCUGGACCAAUGAGGAAGGGGAGUUUAAACUGCUACAGGCAGAGGAGGUGGCCCGUCUGUGGGGAGCCCGUAAGAACAAGCCCAACAUGAACUAUGACAAACUCAGCAGGGCUCUCAGAUACUACUACGACAAGAACAUCAUUAAAAAGGUGAAUGGUCAGAAGUUUGUCUAUCGCUUUGUGUCCUAUCCUGACAUCCUGAAAGGAGAUGCUGCUACCCGGACAGAGGGUGGGGAUGUGGUUGCUGGGGCCAUCCCUCCCCUGUCAAAGAGGGGAGACAGCAACCUACAGGAGGGUGAGUCUGGUGACCGCAGCAAGAUAGCAGGUAGUGCAGCAGCUCUGGCCUCCAGCACCAAGCAGUCAAACCGUAACGACUACAUCCACUCCGGCUUGUACACCUCCUUUACCCUCAACUCGCUGCAAAAUGGACGGCAGCUCUUCAAGUCCAUCAAAAUAGAGAACCCAGCAGAAAAGAUGGCUGACAAGAGAGGUCUCACUGCCACGGCCCAAAGCCAGGAGCAGAUGCCUCAGCAGCCAACUGGUUUGUCAUCCGUCAUCAAGUUUGGAAACACCCCUCCAAAGCCAGCACCAGCACCACCUCCUCAGGUUGACAUAGAGCCGACCUUGAUGUCAAACCAUUUGGAUCCUCUGCAAGCUCCACCCCAGGGGGCAGACGACAUCAGCACACAUUCCUCCCUGCGAUCCCAGUCUGUCUACUCGUUUGAACACGUCCGCCCAUCAGAACCGACUUUCAGCCUACCAGACCUGACCUCGGCAAGCCCGUCCCCGAGCCUAGUGCCUGACUCCUCCCAAGAGCUGGCGAUAGACAGUGAUAUGGAGUCUGGGUCUUCUCAGCCCGCAGACGCUCAGGCACUGGAGCCCACAGAUGCUCAGUCUCAGGAGAAGGUGGACAGUGGCAUUGGUUUGUCAGGAGAUGAGACCAGUUUGGUGGAUGCUGAAACCAGUUCAUCCUCAGUGAGCAGCAGCACCACAGUCAGCACUCAGAGCUCAGGAAAGACACGCAAGCCGCCGAAAGUCCUGCAGAUCAGCCCACCAACCCUGCUGGUCACCACCUCUGACUUCUCCCCCAUGAACCUCUGCAGCCCCUCUCUACCUACUGCCUCUCUCACACCAGCAAUGCUACAGACUCCCACUCUAUUACUGACUCCCAGUCCUCUGCUGUCUAACAUCCACUUCUGGAGCACGCUCAGUCCAGUCGCUCCCCUCAGUCCAGCCACUCGUCGCCAGGGAGCCCACCUGUUCCAAUUUCCGUCUGUCCUCACCCCCCAGUUCCAGAUCCCUGUACACAGUAUGGAUGGGACCAACACGCCUGGCCCCAUUUCUCCAGACCCUCAGAAGACAUAGAGAAUUAAUCCCCCACAGCAUCAUCGCAUCUGGACACAGACAGCCAGACCCCCCUCCCUCCCCAAGCUACAUCCAGGACUAUUAUGUGGGAGUCAUUGCCAUUCCUCAUCACUCCGGUGCUUUCAAGUUCACUGCCACAGAAUUCACACUACAGUCAUACGUGAUGAGACAAGAUGUUGGAAGUCCCGGUUUGACGGAUGAGGGUCACAUGUUCAGUUUGUUUCUGAGCAUUUACAACGUGCGGAUGCUAUCCUGUACUCAUACACGCUGAUGCCAUCGUUUCAUAUGCACUUUCAUAUGGAUUCAUUUUGUCUGGCUUUUUGGGAUCCUCACUCACAACAAUUCAAAGGAGGAAGGAAUUUCCAUGGCAACAGUCGGUGCAUGUGGAUUGGACCCUUAGCAGCGACAAUCUGCUUCAUACUUGGACUCACAGACCAGUGGGAUUGCAGAUAACUGAAUCUUUCCUUUUAUAGAUUUUCUGUCUUUUCUUGUGCAACAGUGUUGCUGCCAAAAAAGAUAUAUUAUCAGUUUCUAACCUGCUUCUUCCCCUGCUGACAGUGAUUCUGUUCCUUUUUGUGUUCUAUCCUUAACGUUUACUCUUGUUGAAGGGUUGUGCUUUAUCCUGAUAACCUCCUUGUUUCCCUUUAGCUCUUUAUCUUUUACACAGCUCUCAACCUUGCCUCACCUGCCUAAGUGUGUACUGUUUGCUGCUCUGAAAUGUUGGCUGACUACAGCCCUAUCCAACAGGACCUUUACCUUGACUGUCUUAUUGUGACGUGGCCAUAAUCCAAGUUGAACCUUGACUCAUGCCUCUUUUCUAAUGCGUAUAUACAGUAGAAUAAGCCCAGAAGCCAUUGUGGCCUGGUCUCCAGCCAGCAAGCUUUCAGGUGGGAAUGAAAGAAAGUGAAGCCAUAACCCUUUCUGUGCAUCCACUCUGCAAGCAGCAGCACACAAAUCCUGUUAUUACUGCUCUGAUGUUGCCUUUGAAAAUGAACUGUACAUUGUUAAAGGGGAAUUGUGCCAUGUUUUGUGUGGAUGUCCAAUUAAUGAAUGUCAGCUGAAGCAAUAAACUCCUCAGUGAGUGCGAUAUUGACUGAGAAAGCUGAGUUCCCCUGCAGGCAUAGCUGUGCCAGCAGUGGAAAAGCUAGUUUCCAAGCGAACAGGUUUUGUUUUUGAGCGGCAGCAUAUUCCACCAACUAUGUCACUGUAUUAUGACAGAACUGGUGCUGGAAGAACAGAUUUAGCAGCAGGAGAACUCGGCUUUCUCGGUCAAUGUAGCACACACUGAGGAAUUUAUGGCUUCAAUUGAAUGCAUUUACCAUCAACACUCCACAUAAAAUGUGCAUUUUCCCCUUAAAGGCAGACAUCAUGUUAAAGACACUUAUUUCAAGUUUGAAUUCAAGUUGUAGAGAAAUAAAACAUUUUUCAAGGAAUAGUUAGACAUUUUGGGAAAUACACUUGCUUGCUUUCUUACUGUGAGUUUGGUAAGAUACCACCCAUGUCUGUACAGUUAGUAUGUACCUGGAGCCAUAAGCUGGUUAACUUAGCUUAGCAUAAAGACUGGAAUGAGCUAGGUCUGACUAAACAGCACAAAAUCCACCUACCACCACCUCUGAACUUCAGUCAUUAAUUAAUAUGUUGUGUGUUUAAUUUGUACAAAACCUACAGUGUAAAAACAUUGAUUUAUAUGGUGCCAGACUGUUUCUUCAGCAAGUCUCCGCUGGUUGCCUGGUAACUGGUCCUGGCCAAGAAAUGGUUAAAAAAAACCCAACUUGUUGUUUUUAUGUUUUUAUGAGAAAUAACAUGCUAAUUAGGGAGGCAGGGCUUGCUAAAUUAAGCCAAUGGGCUGCUGGCCGCAGCUACAUAUUUACUAUACAGACAUGAGUGUAUUAUAAAUCUUCUCAUCAAACUUUUGGCAAGUAAGUAAAACAGUUAUUCCUUAAAGAACAAUUUGAACUAACAGCAGACAAAAUUGUUACUCAUCAGGAAAAGUCACACCAGAUCUUGAAUCUGUGUUGAUUGUCCACGGGUCGGCUCUGUCUUCUUUGCUGUCAGUGAUUAAUGUUGCUUGCAGGGUCGGUGCAGUCAUUUUAUCUCUGAACAUCCAAACCUUAGUGGCUAGACUUUUAACAGUCCAGUCGUAACCGUUGCCUAGCCUUAGCCAUCUGAAAUACAUCAACCUUUAAUCCAGAGGACUGUGGAAACCUUCUGGAGCUUUGAAGCACCUUCCUCACCCUGAAACCCCUCCUCUACAUUAUCAGCCAUGAAAAGGCUUAUACCUGUUUUGUAAAUGAUAAAGCCAUAAGUCGGAGACACAGACACAAGAGGUAGAUCCCACAUUUCUAUGCUAGUAAAUGUGGAAAUUGUACAACACACUUGUUUACAUGGUACUUGGAUAGAACACGCUUCAGUGUUUCAUUACCUAAGUGUCCCUUUCUAACCCAGGGAUGGACGACCAGCGAAUCUUAUAGGGGGGAACUCUUGCUCAUUUUUUACUCAACUAACAUUUGCCCCCUCGGCCCGCAGUCCGUCACAUUGUUAUAUGGUGCCUUACCACAGCCAAGCCCAAGUUUAUCUCCCAGAAGUGGAUGGAGUUCUGUCAUUUAAAGGUAGUGUAGAACUCACAGUGUGCAGAAGCGUUUGCCGUUUGUUUUUCUGUCAUAUCUUUGCGUAGACCAAACCAGUGCCCUAGAAGUUUGGAGUAAAACUUCACAGGGAUAUUUUGUGUGUGAGUUCACUGCAGCUCAUGUGGUCUGCCACAGAUUAUGUAUCGCAGGACUUUAAGUGUGCUGCAGUGUUCUCCAGGAUGCAGAACUGUACAUACAGACAGCAACAUGGGUUAAUAUGCAGGGCAUGUAAAUGUAAUCAGGCCAUGUGGAAAGAAUCCAACCUGCUUAUAAAUGUUUGUGAUAACAAAUUUACUCAGAAAGCAUAUAAAUAUAAAUAUAUAUAUAUAAAACCUAUUAUUUUUUCUGUAAUCUCCUUUCAUUUUCCUGUAACACCAAUAGAAUUUUAAGAUUAAUUUCUAUUUUUGUAAUGGCCAGAUAGUUAGAUGUCUGCUAUUUUUUGUGCAUGUGUUUCUUUAUGUUGUUUUCCUCUUGUGUAUUUGGGAGGUGACUGCCCCAUGGUGGCAUUGGCUAUUUUUGGAAAUCAAAGCCUUACGAGGAGAAAUCUAAAUCUAUGUUUUAUAUGUAAAGUGUUUUGAUAUAGUGUUGAUAUUGUACAUGCAGAUGUUGUGAUGGAACGUUUGCACUUAAACUUUUCGGGGUUCCUGUAGUAUUGGAUUCUGUCGCUUUUCUAUGACUGUGAUUUCCUCUUUCAUGAAAUGUUGUUGAUGUUUGCUUACUGAGAAAUGUAUAUUUUCCCAAAGGGAGGAUAAAAUUAUGCACUUCGUAUUUUAUAUAGGAAAUCCAAUCUUUUACAAGUACGCAUCAAAUGAUUUGUGAUUAGGCAUGACCACACAAUAUUUAUUUAUUUGAAUUUAUAAUAGAGCCCAAUGGAAUUGGUUGCUUAUGUCACAUUUUUGCAGUAAGUUUGAUGAAAAACUAUAAAACAGCUGGAUAAUAACCCCAAAGCCCAUUUGAAACUUUCCUCCAUCAAAUCAUCUAGGGCUUGUCGUUUGCAUAUUUCUUCUUUUGAUGAUGUUUUUCCUUCAAAUUAGCUUGAAAUGUAAAAUCUUGUUUUAAAAACAGUUCUUGCUUUGUUCUGUCCAAUUUUCUAUCUGUUUGAUGCUUUUUCAAAUGUUUACAAGCUGCUUGUCUUAAGUGGCAUAUUAAUGUGUGAGAGGUGUAGAGGAAGUGUUUGUAAUGAAAGAGAUAUGUGAGACCAAUAAUAAAAGAUCUCUAACUAA